GAUUGGUCAUCCACCCGCCGCUCUGCGCGGCGCCGGCUCCGCCCCCGUCGGGUGUUUGUGGUGGGGCUGCGGAGUCGCCGAUCCCGCCGGAAGCGCCAGGACAAUGGGGACCCGGGACGACGAGUACGACUACUUAUUCAAAGUGGUACUCAUUGGGGACUCGGGCGUGGGGAAGAGCAACCUGCUAUCACGCUUCACCCGCAACGAGUUCAACCUGGAGAGCAAGAGCACCAUUGGCGUGGAGUUUGCCACCCGCAGCAUCCAGGUGGACGGCAAGACCAUCAAGGCGCAGAUCUGGGACACUGCUGGCCAGGAGCGCUACCGGGCCAUCACCUCCGCGUACUACCGCGGCGCAGUGGGUGCGCUGCUCGUGUACGACAUCGCCAAGCACCUGACCUACGAGAACGUGGAGCGCUGGCUGAAGGAGCUGCGGGACCACGCUGACAGCAACAUCGUCAUCAUGCUCGUGGGCAACAAGAGUGACCUUCGCCACCUGCGGGCUGUGCCCACUGACGAGGCUCGUGCCUUUGCAGAAAAGAACAACUUGUCUUUCAUUGAGACCUCAGCAUUGGAUUCCACCAACGUCGAGGAAGCUUUCAAGAACAUCCUCACAGAGAUCUACCGCAUCGUGUCUCAGAAGCAGAUCGCGGACCGCGCAGCCCACGACGAGUCCCCCGGCAACAACGUGGUGGACAUCAGCGUGCCGCCCACCACUGACGGACAGAAACCCAGCAAGCUGCAGUGUUGCCAGAACCUGUGAGCGCCCUGCGCCCCGCGCGAGCGCAGGCGUCCUCAUCCUCUGCCCGCCCCGCCCCGCGCUGCGCUCCCCGGCCCCGCCCUCUCCGUCCCUCCGUGACCGUGACCGGCUCCUGCCCUCACAUCCAGCUCCGCAUGGCUGGCGGGGGCCCAGGAAGAACAGGAGUUGAGUGGCACCUGCUCUCCCGCUCGAGGAAAGCCAGACGCCCGGGUCGCCACGCCUGCUUUUCUGGGGUCCCGGUGUGCAUCCCGGCGGGCCAGGGAGGGUGGCAGCCUAGAAGGGCCGGUCAGAGGCAAGGAGGAGGGGCGCGCCAAGCGGGCUUCUCCAGCUUUCCAUGGCAGACUCCAGGGAGCGAUUGCCUCCCUCCCUCUGUGGCCAGUUGGCCCCACCGGUCCCCCCAUCCCCAUCCAGAACCCCCUUCCGAGCUGAUGCUCGAAGAGCAAGGCGCCAGGGGGCCGGGACAGGCGGACACUCUUGGCUCCCGGCCCCCCUGCUCCCCCACGCACAGCCAGCACCGGCACACGCCUUCGACUCUCCCGUGCGUGCGCGACUCCAGCUCCUGCCUGUAGAUUUAUGCUGGGGGAAGACCCCUCUCCCCCCUCCCUCCUUUUUUGCACGCAGCGCGCUCUCCAGCCCCUCCCUGUGCCCCUCUCUGUCUUGUCUCCCGUCUGGUCAGGAACCCGUUUGCAAGUGAAGCAAUAUCUCCGUGUUUUGUAUAUACAACCGCUCUUGUAGCCUUUGGUUUUUUUGUUAUUGUAGAGAAACAGAUUCUUUAUACACUUUGUAAGAUUGACGCCAAACCCCAGCUCUCGAUCUCUUCUUCUCCCUGUAGCCCCCCGCACUGUUGCCCUGAUGCCUCAUUUCUCCCGCCCGUUACUAAAAUGUAUAAUCCGACUUCCUGUACAGAAACCUGCCGCUGCGCCUUUGUCUUCAUUCUCUCCGCCAGGCGGCCACGCCUGGGCCCCCUGCUUCCCGAGGCACACGUCCUGCUGCGGGCUGCCUCCACCUGGCUCAGCCCCGCAGGGAGCUAGAAGACCAGGUCCAAGCACCACCUGGGACAGUGCGGAGGCCCACGAGCUGGGCGCAGGGCCCUUGGCCUGCGGGGGAGGGGUGGGUACCCUCUCCUAGCUGACCCUGUGGCUGGGGGAUGUAUUCAACUUCUUCUGGGAGAUGAGGAUGCCCCUUGGCAGGGGCUGAGCUGUACCUACUGCUCCCUGUUCCCAGCCCUGGGAUUGGACUGUCCCCGCUUCCGUCUGCUGCCCGUGGCUGCUACCUCCUCUGGGGUCCUGCCAAGGACAGGCAAAAGGGGCUCAUCCAGGGGACGUUGGUCAUGCCGCUGCCACCCCAGCUCGCCUGAUCCCAGGCUGACCUUUAAGGAGGCCCAAAGGGAGGAUGCUGGUGAUGGAGGGGAGGCAGGUGGCCUGGAGUUUCUCUGCCUCUGCCCAGGAUCCAGCUUCUCCCCUGGUCCAUGUGGGCAGAGAUGGCCUGAGGGCCAUUUGUCACUAUGGAGGAAGUGUCGCUAUCUCCCCCCACCCUGAUCCCUGCCCUGACCAUGUGACCCAAUGUGUCCUCUCCAGAGGACACUCACCAGAGUGCCUGCCCCUGUUCUAGAAGCUCUACCCUCUGGCUGAAGCCACUUAUACCCUUGACCCCUAGAAGAACCGGCAGAGACCAGGGUCUACUCCCUCCCAAUGUCAGGCUUUGGCUGUCCUGCCUGGCUAGCUGGGCAAACCCAGGCAGUGUUUCCAGAGGAGCCCUGAGACACAGGGGGCUGUUCGGUAGGGAAGCUGGAGUGACCCAAGGUGUGUGCUCCAGGCCAGGGGACAUCCUGAGCCAAGGCCAGCAACAGGACAGCGCGGGAUCUAGUAGGCCACACAUACUCCAGUGGCCAUUCACUCAGAUCCUGGGGGCGCUGAAUCUGGAUUCGGGCAGGGUGCGCAUGGGAGGGCAGAGAGAGGGCAAAGGCUUCAGGGAGUCCCAGUGAAGUAAUGAGGCACCCUGGAAGGUUUCAGGCAGUCCAGAGAUUAGAUCUUUCCUGCACCUCCGUGGACUGGCCAGGCCCGAGGCACAUACAAGGAAACAAGACUGACAGCAGCACUGUCCCCCUGAGGGUCACAGUCCAGCCAUGUCGUUUCAGUUACUCUGAUUUCCGUGAUGUAGGAAGCCCAGCAUGUCCCUCAGUGCCAGGCCCUGUUCGUUAGUCUUUCCGUAAUGGCAAAAUAGACAUCAUAUUGGCCAUCUUGACCAUUUUUCAGCGUACAGCUCAGAGUACAUUGUUUUGAGCAACGGCCCCCACCAUCCGUCUCCAGAACUCUUUGUCUUGGAAAACUGAGACUCUGGCCCCGUGAAAUACCAUCUCCCCACACCACCACCCCUGCCCCAUCCCUGGCACCCGCCGUCUACUUCCUGUCUGUGAAUCUGACUCCUCGAGUGGACCUCCUGUAAGUGGAAUCAUACACCAUUGUUCUUUCGUGACCGGCUUAUUUCACUUAGUACAAUGUCUUCAGGGUUCUUUGGUGUUGCAGUGGAUGUUAGGCUUUCCCUUCUAAUCAAAGGCUGAACGAUCAUGCCUUGUACGGACGUCCCACUUCCCAUUUAUCCAUUCAUCCAUCAGCGGGUAUUUGGGUUGCUUCCACUUGCUGGGGGUCGUGCACCAUGCUGUGAUGAACGCGGGUGUACAAUAGGUGCUCAGGUCCCUGGUUUCCAUUCUUUUGGGUAGAUAGUCAAAAAUGAGAUCGCUGGGUCACUGGGUAACUCUGGGUUUAAUUUUUCCAUAAACUGUGUUAACCUAAAUAUAUUAUGUCAUUUAAAAGUGGAGAGGGGCGCCUGGGUGGCUCAGACGGUUAAGCGUCCUUCUUCAGCUCGGGUCAUGAUCCCAGGAUUGUGGGAACCAGUCCCACAUCAGGCUCCUCGCUCAGUGGGGAGUCUGCUGCUGCUGCUUCUGCCUGCGGCUCCCCUGGCUUGUGCUCUCGUUCUCUCACAAAUAAAUAAAAUCUUAAAAAAAAAAAAAAA